UUAUGUCUGCUCUUAUCAUCCAAAUCCCACAAUGUAACACCCUCCCUAUCUUACGCUCCUGGAUUUAUCCCUUAUAAGGAACCACAGAGGGAUAUAUAAACUCACCUGAUGCACCUUUGCAAAUAAAGAGCAGAUUCAAAAGCAGAUCGCAUCCUCUUCCAGGUCUGGGUCACUAGUUGGCAAAGAUGAAUGGCACUGAGGGAAACAACUUCUACAUCCCCAUGUCCAACAGGACAGGGCUAGCGAGGAGUCCUUUCGAAUAUCCACAGUAUUAUCUUGCUGAGCCGUGGCAAUUUAAACUGCUUGCUGUUUACAUGUUCUUCCUCAUCUGCUUGGGUUUUCCCAUCAAUGUCCUUACCUUGCUGGUUACAGCUCAACACAAAAAGCUCAGGCAACCUCUCAACUUCAUUUUGGUUAACCUGGCUGUGGCCGGCACCAUCAUGGUUUGUUUUGGAUUCACGGUCACUUUCUACACAGCAAUUCACGGCUACUUUGCUCUGGGUCCAACUGCCUGCGCCAUUGAGGGCUUCAUGGCCACACUUGGAGGACAAGUUGCCCUUUGGUCACUUGUGGUGCUGGCCAUCGAGAGAUACAUUGUGGUUUGCAAGCCAAUGGGUAGUUUCAAAUUCUCAACCACCCACGCUUUGUCAGGAAUUGGAUUUACAUGGGUAAUGGCUAUGACAUGUGCGGCUCCCCCUCUGGUUGGCUGGUCCAGAUAUAUUCCUGAGGGAAUGCAGUGUUCAUGUGGACCAGACUACUACACUCUGAGUCCUGAAUACAACAAUGAAUCAUACGUUUUCUACAUGUUCACCUGCCAUUUUAUAACACCGGUUACCAUAAUCUUCUUCACCUAUGGGCGGCUUGUUUGCACCGUCAAGGCGGCUGCAGCUCAACAGCAGGACUCAGCAUCCACCCAGAAAGCUGAGAGGGAAGUGACAAAAAUGGUCAUCCUGAUGGUUUUGGGUUUCCUGGUGGCUUGGACCCCGUAUGCCUCUGUUGCUGCUUGGAUCUUCUUUAAUAGGGGAGCUGCUUUCAGUGCCCAGUUCAUGGCUGUUCCCGCCUUUUUCUCAAAGAGCUCAGCCAUAUUUAAUCCUAUAAUUUAUGUGCUACUAAACAAACAGUUCAGGAACUGCAUGCUGACCACUCUUUUCUGUGGAAAGAAUCCUCUUGGUGAUGACGAGUCCUCAACUGUGUCCACCAGCAAGACGGAGGUGUCCUCUGUAUCUCCAGCAUAGACUUAAAAGAAAAAAAAAAAAAAAAAAAAAAAACAAGCUGAAUUAGGUGAUGCGUCUCAUAAGGUUGUGUUCACAAAUAAGUAAAAGGCGUAAAGGGAUAGUUCAAAAAAUGAAAAUUAUCCCAUAAUUUACUCUCCCUCAAGCCAUCCUAGGUGUAUAUUCUUCUUUCAGCCAACACAAUUAGGUAUAUUUCAUCAUACAGAAGGCCUUUAUUAACCCCCUGGAGCCAUGGAUAAAUCUUAAAAAUAUCUGGCGAUACUCGCUUCCAUUAUAUAGCUUGGAAAAGGCAGGAUAUUUUUUAAUAUAGAAAAAAGAAAAAAACUCAUAUAC